UCAACUUUUUUUAGCCCCAAAGCCAGCCCUGGUCUUUUCUCCUGUUUGGCCCAUUUUCUUUGACCCAUACUUAGGGGCUUUUCUAAAGCCCCAUAGGCCCACAACAUCACCUGAACUAAACAUUUGCUUAAGCGCUGAACAACAACCGCAACAUAGAGUCGACGGCAGACGGCAGCGCAGAGUCGACGACAGACGGCGGAGCACGGUGGACGACAGCAUACAGUGGACGACAGCACAAAGUGAAUUCAACGGCUUGACGGCAGCGGUGGUACAGGCAGCGAAGAAGAAUCAAGGUUAGCUUCUUUCAGGACUGGAGUUGAUGUUGGUGGAUUUAAAGAUCAAGGUGUUAGAAACUUGAGAUGUUAUUUGUUUGCUUAUUUUUCUCGCUCCUAUUCCAUGAAAGCAGACCUUUCUCUUCAAUUUUCCACUGCCAGUGCUCUGUUUGCCGUCUUCCUCUUAAUUUUAAAACCCUUUUUCAUGCCAACAUCUUGAUUGGGGAAACAUCUUGGUGCACCACAGAAUCAUCUAAGCAACAGAAGAAAGAUAAACAAGAGAAUAUGUAUCUGUUUGGGAAAUUGUAUUUGUGGUAAGGGAUUCAGUAAGGAACUGUCUCAAAAAAGGACACACACGCAGGUGGUAAAUAUCAUUGAGAAGCAAUGCUAACCUGUCUAUAAUUGAUGGUAACCGAGGAAGACUUACUUGAUAAACUAUGUAGAAAAUUUGUAGAGUCCUGGGUACCAAGUUAAGAACGAAGCAAGUGGACUCGGAUACGAGGAGGAAGGAAAGACAAUACAAUGAGACACCUAAUUAGAUUAAACAAUGGAGACAUCCAAUUGACAUUGACAUGCUGUAAGAUUAACAUCCUCUCAAAAAUGUGAAGGGACAUUGACAUGAAGAAGGGUCAAAGUUGUUUCAAUCAUUUGUUCUUGUGUUCAACAACCCCAUUUUGUUGUGGGGUGUUGGCACAAGAGGUUUUGUAGAGAUUUCCUUUGGAUUUCAUAAAUUCCUCUAAUUGAUUGUCUUUCCAUAUAGUGCUCCCUUCAGACAAAAGUUCUUGUGCUCCUAUUUCUCUUCCUUUCAUCUUGCAUAGCCACACUUUCUGCAGCAAUCUACAAAAGGCUAUUAAUUUCAUACUCUAUGAAGUUUACAUCUUUGAGCAAAGGCAGGGGCUUUCACUUCCCCCCAUGUCACAUGCUCAAUUUUUGUGGAAUUAGGAUAUUAUUAGAUUGCCCACUUGACCUUUCAGCUCUCCUGGCCUUCUCCCCUAUACCUACUUUGGAUUGCUUGUCAAUUGUAGAAAGCUACAACACUGAGGCUGAUGAUUUUGAUUCAAGGGCUGCGUUUGGGAAAAGACAGAAAAUUGAAAAGCUCCUUCAUGCUAAAAAUUUACUUUUUGCUGAACCUUGGUACAAGACUGUUAAUAAUUUGCAGCUGUGGAAUUCCUCUUUCAUUGAUGUUGUAUUAAUAUCCAGUCCAAUGGGUAUUAUGGGGUUGCCCUUUCUUACUCGAAUAAAGGGUUUCUCAGCUAAGAUAUAUGUAACUGAAGCAUCGGCAAGAUUAGGCCAGCUAAUGAUGGAGGAUCUUAUAUCAAUGCAUGGGGAAUUCAGGCAUUUCUAUGGACCAGAAGAAUCAAAUUUCCCAUCGUGGCUGAGGCAGGAAGAGCUUGAAAUCCUUCCUUCUGAAUUGAGAGAGAUAAUAUUGGGGAAAGAUGGACUGGAGUUGGGUGGUUGGAUGCCCUUGUACAGUGCAGCUGAUGUGAAGGAUUGUAUGCUAAAGACUCACACUCUUAAUUAUGCUGAGGAAGCUUGCUACAAUGGUACAUUGGUUAUAAAGGCAUUCAGCUCUGGUGUGGAAAUAGGCAGUUGUAAUUGGAUCCUAAAUAGUCCAAAGGGAGAUAUUGCAUAUGUUUCAGGAUCCAGCUUCAUUUCUGCACAUGCAAUGGCUUUUGAUUACCGCAGUUUACAGGGGGCUUGCGCAUUAAUUUAUUCAGACUUCUCCUUGGGUGAUACUCAAGAUAGUGCAGAUGGGGAUAAUUAUUCUGUUUCAGCUGCUAAGUUACAAUCUAUGAGUUCUCAAGAUUUGGCUGGAUUCAACCAUAACUCUGAUGAGAACUCAGAGGAAAAGGAAAAGCUGGAUUUCAUAUGCUCAAAUACUAUAAAUUGUAUAAAAGAAGGUGGUUCUGUUCUUAUUCCUAUUGAUCGACUUGGAACUAUUUUGCUUCUUUUAGAGGAAAUGACAGCAUCACUCGAAGCUUCAGAUUUGAAGGUUCCAGUUUAUAUAAUUUCCUCAAUGGCUGAAGAAUUACUGGCAUUGCUUAACAUCAUACCUGAGUGGCUUUGCAAACAACGGCAAGAGAAAUUAUUUGCUGGGGAACAGUUGUUUUCACACGUCAAGCUCUUAAAAGAGAAAAAGAUUCAUGUGGUUCCUGCUAUUCAUUCACAUGAACUCUUAAUUAAUUGGCAGGAACCUUGUAUUGUAUUUUGUCCUCACUGGAGUAUGCGAAUGGGUCCUGUUGUUCAUCUGCUUCGACGAUGGUGUGGCAGUCCAAAAUCUUUACUUAUUCUUGAGGAUGUUUUGAAUCUUGAGCUAGCACUUCUACCUUUCCAACCAGUUACAAUGAAGGUUCUUCAGUGUUUGUUUCCCGCUGGAAUUGGGUUGCGGACAGUUCAACCUUUACUAAAGUUAUUGCGGCCGAAGACGGUCCUGUGUCCUGAGGAGUUGAGACUGCAGAUCAACCUUUCCAGUGAAAAUUCUUUCUCCGUUUUGUAUUAUACUGAAGCUGAAACUUUGAAAGUAUCGUAUCCAAAGCACAACUCAGAGAUAAAAAUUGCAACUGAUUUGGCUUCCCAGUUUUAUUGGAAAACAUUCAAAAAAGAAGAAAUCAAUAUAACAAAAUUGAAGGGAGAGCUACGAAUGGAGAAUGCCAGACAUCAUUUGCUAUUGGAAACUGAUAACAAAAAUUCUUCGAGUAAUAGUAGGUCUUUGGACCAUUUUGGUUUACCUGAUUCAGAAAAACUUAUGGCUGCAUUAUCAAAGAUGGGCAUUAGUGGAAAUAUCCAACAUGGUAUGAGUGAUACCAAAUCACAAACUGUAAGUAUAAUUCACAUAGAGGAACCUUACAAAGCCUCGAUAGAGAUUGGAACCACUGGUACUAUUAUUACUACUGCUGAGGAAAACGUGGCUUCCUCCAUUUAUAAAAUUAUCGACAACAUUUUGAAUGCGGUUUAAUGGUUGGUUUUCUCUAA